GGUGAAACUAAUGCAGCCAAUGGUAUCAAUAUGCCCGCGGGAGUAAUACCAGAUACCGAAACGAUCGAUAAAAUGAGACGGGCUGCUCAGCUGCAAGCGCAGAUAGCAGCUCGACUCAACACGGGUAUUCUAAGCAAUCUUCCUUCAUCCGAGGUGGAGUCAAACGUAAUCUUUGACGAACAAGGCAAAACUAUCGAUGCCUCAACUGGUGAAGAAAUUCAGUUGACGCAUUAUACUCCCACAUUGAAAGCUAAUUUGCGCGCUAAGCGAGCGCAGCAAUUUAAAGAAGUUCUCCAAACCACAACACAGAAGAAGCCACUGAAGAACACUACAGCGACUCCUUAUUUUGACCCUCGGUUAAGUUUGAAAGCUGCCAGAAGACCACGACGACAGCUUAACUUUUACGAACCAGGGAAAUUUGUGAAGCUUGCACAGCGGAUACGAACCAAACAUCAAUUACAGCUUUUACAAGAAUCCGUCGCCCAAGCUGUGAAGAAAACUGGCAUCGCUAGUGCUGCAAAGCUCUCGACUAUUCAACCCAAACGUGCUACCGAUGAAACUGAAAUACCUUCUGUGGAGUGAUACGAUAUUUUAAACGAAGCCGCGGAAAAAGGGCUUCCAGUUUCAGCUGUAGUGAACAAAGCAUGGAUCACGGAUCUGGUUGAGCACCCAAUUAAACUCAAGGCUCCAACUGAUCUGGGGAAACAUCCGGAUAUCCCACUUCUGCUCACUAAAAAGGAGAGAAAAAAAGUUCGUCGUCAAAACCGUCAAGAAGCUCAAAAAGAAAGACAGGAGAAAGUACGCCUCGGACUAAUGCCUCCACCAGAACCAAAG